AGGAAACCAAAAGUUGGAGUAGGCGUUGUGGUCACAAAUCCUAAAUAUCCAAAUUGUGUGUUGGUUGGUAAAAGAAAAGGUAGCUACGGCGAUGGGCAUUAUGCCUUACCAGGAGGACAUUUGGAAUUCGGGGAAUCUUUUAUUGCUUGUGCAAAGAGGGAGUUGCUGGAAGAAACUGAUUUAGAGUUACAAAAUUGUACCAUCGAAACUACCGUGAAUGUGGUCGACCUAGAAAAUAACAGUCAUUUUGUUGUAAUCCUAGUCAAAGGAUGUGUUGAUGAAGAUAGCCAAGUCAAAUUAAUGGAACCACACCGUUGUGAAGGAUGGCAAUGGAACAGUUGGGAUAACUUUCCUCAACCUUCCUUUAUACCUAUUAAAAUUGCGAAGGAACAUGGCUAUCAUCCUUUUAAAAAUACCAAAGGCUUAGAAUAA